AUGCAACGCGGUCUCAUCAAAGCAAUCGGCGAUAUCCCUCUUUCCCUCAUUCAGCAGCUCGAGUUGAAGAAUAUGAACUUGGAGGUUGUCAAUGCUCAUGGAGCAUGGGUGACCCCUGGUAUUGUGGACCUACACUCUCAUAUUGGCAUUGGCAGUGCGCCUGAGCUAGAUGGUGCGUCCAACACGAACUCUUUCAAGGCUCCCAUCUUGCCCUGGUUGUGCAGUAUCGACGGGCUAAACACCCAUGAUGCGUCAUAUGAACUCGCUAUGGCUGGAGGCGUCACCACCGCGCAGAUUCUCCCUGGGAGCACAAAUAAUAUUGGCAUUCAUAAUGAAAUCCGUCCUACAGCUGAGUGUUCACCUUCUUUGAUGCUCCUUGAGCCUCCCUACACCUUCAAUGGCUCCCACUUCGUCCACUCUCUCACACCACACUGGCAUGCAUGUGGUGAAAACCCUUCCAGUGUCUAUGGCAUAACACACCUUGACUCCAGAUGGAACUUCUGCGCCGCCUACAACAGCGCCCAAAAGAUUCGUGAUGCUCAAGACUCGUUCUGUGCCAAAGCAGAGUCUAAUCACUGGGAUGACCUCGCGGGGAAGACAUUCCCUGAAGACCUUCAAUGGGAAUCUCUCGUCAAUGUUCUCUGCGGAUGCGUCAAGCUUGCCGUACACUGCUACAAGGCAGUUGAUCUCAAUGGGAUCGUCCGUCUUACAAAUGAGUUUGAGUUCCCAGUGGCGUCGUUUCACCAUGCUGGGGAGACGUACCUCGUUCCAGAGUUGUUGAAGAAGACAUGGGGGGGCACACCUGCCAUUGCACUCUUCGCAUCCAACUUCCGCAAGAAACGCGAAUCUGACCACCCUGUUGUUAACUCUCGUUACCUCCUGCACGAAGCCGCCCAAGCGCACUACUAUGGCCUUGACCCUGCACUCGCCCUCCUCUCUGUCACGUAUACUCCUGCCACAGCCAUGGGGAUGGGCCAUGGGAUGUUGAAACAAGUGUGCAUUGGUCAAUGCUCGGAUUUCGCAAAUGGGGACGUCGAUAUUGUUGAUCUUGAAGGCAGCACAAUUACCCCUGGACUGACAAGCUUCGGUGCACCAUUGGGGCUCGUGGAGAUAAGGCUUGAGCCGAGUACGAACAAUGGAGCUGUUCAUAAUCCCCUCGAUGGGGAUCUGCCUGCCAUAUUGGGUGGCAAAGCAGUGAGAGCACAGGACAGGCUCAUGUUUGGUGGCCAGAAUUUGUUACUAGCCUAUCAUGGUGGCAUCACGACCGCUAUCACAGCGCCCUCUGGAACGUUCCUGCAGGGCAUAUCUACCGCAUUCUUGCCUGGAGCUGCGCAUGCUCGAGUGGAAAAUGCGAGUGUUGUUGAUGAGGUCACGUUGCAUGUUGCUGUCAGCAUGUAUUCAAGGGUCGGUGUGAGCAUGCAGGUGGGAGCACUUAGGAACAUGUUGUUUGGAGAGGGCGGAGAUCACGUGUUGAGGAGUGUUAGAAAGGGUAAAUCAACGCUUGUGGUGAACAUUGAGAACGCAGACAUCAUGGUGACGCUCCUCCGACUCAAGGAUGAGUAUGAAGGUCAUUCGGGGAGGGUGCUUUGUUUGACCUUUGCAAGAGCCACCGAGGCGCACAUCCUUGCUCAUGAGAUUGUGAAGGCAGGUGUGAGCGUGAUUGUCACGCAAACGAUGCUCGCAUUGAAAGCUGGCGUCAAUGUAGCUAUUGGUGUUGUUGACGAGUACAAUGUGUGCAACACACGUUUCAAAGUUGGUUGGUUCCUCCUCACAUCCAAUGGAGUUAUCAAUCGCACGAUGGCUCUUGCACUCGCCACGACAAAUCUCGCGACCAUGGGGGCAAUGGGGGGAAGGGGGGGUGGCCAACGCAGGGCAUCAGGACUGGAUUUCAAAUUCCAUCUUCAAUAAUUAUGAGGUUGCUGCUUCUACUACUUACUUAUGUUCAUGCUUACAGCUUCUUUAACGCCGAAGUGAGUGAUCCCAUGGUGGAGAGAUACGGCGGUCACUUGAAACGGCAUAUUUCUGGAAUCUGUAUGCAUCACUGUAGGUCUCCGACGUCCA